AUGCUCCGCCCCCUGCUCUUCCUGUCUGCCUUCAUCGUACUGGCAGACGCUCUUCAGACAAUCAGUACGUCUACAGUGCUGGACAUCAGCUCAUGUCCCAUCACGUACUAUGGACAGGAGUACGAACAGCUCUAUGUAAACUUCUCAAGUCAACUUACUACAUUCUGUUUUGACAACUUUUUCAACCUUCAGAAGAAAGGUGACUGCAUCAUAGGGAAAUCACAUGAAGCACAGACAGCGGACUUUGAAAUUGUUCCAGCAGAUUCUUUCCUCGAACGCUGGAUUAGAAACAAAACACAAAGCAUUCAAAACAGUUUGAAAUGCAGUGUGCAAUUCAAAAUGCAAUUCAACAAGUCCGAGGUUCAUUUAGAUCUAUUCAACUUCAGGACAGAAGCAGUUCUCAGUUUGGAAUCACACAUCAUGGGUCCAGUGCUGUAUGAAGUUCUGGUCGGUGGUAUCCUAGUCGACAGAGUCUAUGUUCUAAAUCUUCCUGACGCCUAUCAGAUUGAUGAUUCCUUAGACAUCAGUGGAUGCAGAUACUCAGGUAAUAUGUAUAAACCUGGUACAGUGAUCAGCUCUGAUCCGAACACCUGCUCCAAACUCACCUGUUCUGAGACAGCAGUCCUCCUCACUUCUGGCUGUGGUCCCCUGGGGACUUGUUCAGGCAACAGCAUCUGCACAUCGGGAAUCACCUGCACUGUGACCGGCCCCACUGUCAUCGACAUUCACGGCCAAGUUAACGUUAUCAAGGAUCGGUGUGCGUACUCUCUGCUCUCAACCCCAGUGGUCCCAGACUUCCAUGUUCUGGCAAACUUCCAGGAGCGACGUCGUGAAGAUGUGAGCUUGUUGGACAGUGUUACGCUGCGUCUGGACGAGCUGGGCGUUUACAUUCACCUGGAACAAGGUGGGAGAGUUCGGCUGAACGACUCAACGCUGACCCUCAGCAGCUCGGCUCAGCUGGUUCACGGUGUGGAGCUCUCUAAGGACCAAACUGGAGUCACCGCUAAGCUGUCGCUCUCCAACCUCUUCACCUCCGUCUUCUUUGAUGGCUACACCGCACAGAUCCACUUAGAAGGACCUGCUGUUCGAUUUCUGAAGGGUCUGUGUGGAAACUCCAGCAGGUCUCUGAGUGAACUGAGGCUCUCUGAGUACAGCUCCACCAGCUGUGAGAUUCAGUACAACCACACUGCUGACAGCACGAUCAACUGCAACAAUGUGACUGAACGCUGUAACCUCCUGAAGGAGGCGCCCUUCACCUCCUGUAACAAUGACGUCAACCCACAGCCCUACAUAACCGCCUGCACCGACACUUUGUGCAAAUAUCCUGCAGUGGACGGUCUCAACUGUCAGUUUCUAAAGGCCUACGCCAGAGCCUGCAGUCUACAGGGCAACCAUACUCUGGAGGGCUGGACUUCAAAGGCUAGCUGCUCUCCUGAGGCCUUCUGUCAGGACAGGACCUGCAGCGAUCACGAGUUCUGUGGUGAGAAGAUGGUCAGUGGAGACACUCGCUGCUUCUGUCGGGCUAUUUUUGCCUCCAAGUACAGAUCGACGGACUCUUUGGGUGAUCCAACAGUCUGCAGGGAGAACUCUGCUUCACUCACUCUGGUCGGUUGUCUCCUGGAGGACAAAGGCAUCGACUACUCUGCCUUACACCUCAAUGACCCGACCUGCAGGGGUCAGAUAGACGAGCUCACCCACAUGGUGACCUUCAGCUUCAACAGCAGCAACAGUUGUGGGACUGUGAUCACGGCCAACAGCAGUCAUAAUAUCUACAGAAACACCAUCAGGACCCAGAACAGCGCCUCUGACAUCAUCACUCGCAAUGACGACGUCUACAUCGACUUCUCCUGCACCCACAUUCAGCCAAACAUCAAUACUGCAACCUUCAGAAUCAAAGACUGGUCUGUUGCACAGCAGAUCUCAUCCGGAGCUUGGAAUUACACUCUGACUAUCAAGGCCUACACCGACCCCGGUCGCACACAUGCUGUGGAGCCAAACAGUGAACUCCGGCUGAACCAGAAGAUCUGGAUGGAGCUGGAGACUGAUGGGCUGGAUGGAGACAUGGUCGCUCUGGUGAGCGACUCCUGCUGGGCAACAGACCAGCCAUUGCCCAGCAGCAGUCCAAGACAUGACCUGAUCAUGAACGGCUGUGCAAACCCUGCUGACCUGACAGUGGAGGUGGAGGAAAACGGACUGGGGACCUCCACCUGCUUCUCCUUCAACAUGUUCCGGUUCACUGGGGGGUCUGGUGACAUCUUCAUGCACUGUAAACUCCACCUGUGUCCAAAACAGGCAAACAGCUGCAUCCCGACUUGUAACAAAACUGCUCGCAGACGCAGAUCUGCCAGCUACACCUAUGAACCUGAAGCUCCAGCCUUCAUCAGCAUGUCCUGGACUAAUUAGGUGGUUUCAUCAGUGACUUGGACAGACUGACCAGGCGCUGACUUUAUGCUGCGAGAGGCAACAAUGUUCAACAGACACAGAGAUGAGCUGCUUUUCUCCAUCUCCUUUUCUUGUUGUACUAUUUCUGCCAAAACAUCG